AGGAAGAAUGAGAGAUCUGUGGUGGUGUGUGAGUGAGGGUUUUCUGCAGGUUCUGCGUCUGAGAUUUGAAGUUUAAGUUGCUUCUCUUCACAAAAUGUGAUAUUUUUUCUUCAAAGUGUAAAGAAUGCUUUCCUGUACUGACAAUCGUAAUGACAAAACUCCCAAACCAACUAACGAGGUUAUCUUCAGAAAUGUGAGACCUCGCUAUAAGUUUCAAAACAAGAUUUCUGUCUUGUACGUCCUGUCCCCAAAGACUAAGACAUCUACCCGUGACUAUGUUGGAAUCUAUCCUCGUGGCUGGAAACAAUUGCGCGAGUUUGUGGGCUUUGAACGUCCCAUCCCAGCACCGUUUGAAGAGCAAUCUCUUGAUAGAUGUAUUCAAUUUAUUUGUCAGCGCCCCCAUGUAAUGGCUUCUUUGAACAGAGAUUACCAGUUUUUGUAUGUGAAUCAAUAUCAUGAGGUUUUAGGAAUGAGUGAUUUCUUUCAGUUUGUUGAAGAAGUCACAAGUAACUCACCUGAAAGUUCUGCUGGGUGGAAAGAGAGUAAGAUGUGCGAAGAAAAUGAUUCAGAAUGGCAUGAAGAAAACAGUCCAACUGCUAUUUUUGAGAAUCUUCGUCAGCACGUGUCAGAAGCUGAAUAUGCUUACAAUACAUGCUAUUUUGUGAACAAUCAAGCCAAAGCUAACCAAGAAGUCACUGUAUCUCCCAAUGUAGGCUAUGGAUGUUUAGACGAAGCCACCAAUCCUUGUUAUGUUAUGCCUAUAGAAUCAUCUGAGUGUAGAUUUAGCUCUGAUGAACCAUCUUAUCAGAACUCAAGGAUCUUACCGGAGCCAUAUAAUAAACCAAGAAAGGGUCGUCCUUUGGUCAAAACAAGAGAUGGUGGCUACAGGGAAUACCAAAAUGCUCCAGAUUCAACUCCUAUGAGUCACCAAACUUACUCUAAAAAUCGAUGUAUUGGUCCACCCCAAGAUGUAGCCCUUUCCCCCAAGUGGAUGCCUGGCAGUACUUGGCAUUAUCAACCAAAGCAUUCUUCAAUCACGAUUGCGGUUUUUACACAGCAAAUGUCACAGUUUCCAGGCCGAAAAGACACUAAGAGAGGUGCCAUACCAAAGCAAUGCCCAAAGUGUCACGUCCCAUCUGACUACUACUACCAGCAACAAAUAAAGCAGCAUGAUUUGGACCAAGCCCAUGAACAAAUUCGUGAUUUGAACACAACUGUUGAUCAAUUGCAGCAUGAACUACAACUCAGUUAUGCAGCUCAGGCCAAGCUCAAAGCAGUUGCUGAAAUAGCUCGGACAGAGUCCAAAAAUGCUCUUUCCUUCUUAAACAGCCGAAUGUUGUCUACCAUUGCCCAGUAUAAGACCAAAGUUGUAAAUGUUGACAACACAAUGAUGUAUGUAACAAGAGAUCUUGAAUCACCUGGGUGGUUUGCUGCAGGAGAUCCCUCUAAAACUUUCCUCUUUGGGAGACCUCCAAAUGUUAGAGUGGUGUCUGGCCGAGAAAAAGAAUUGAAAGCCAUAAUUGGACGUCAAGAAAUGACCAUUCGGAAAUUGUAUAAUGAUCUCAAACUUGCUACCAGCAUUAUUGAAUGUGCCAAUCUCUCCAACAACAGCAGUGAUUACAAAGAGACAGAAAAGGACUUCAAAUCUCUUCAAUUUUCCUGCUAUGUGGAGGGCGGCUCCUCUGGACUUAUGAAGGACGACUGCACCAUCAAUUCAACAUUUGACGCCUCCAAUGAUACCAAGGUGAAGAAAAGUAUGGAGAAUGGUAUGGAAAUGCAUCCUCAACCUGAAGAAAAUAAACAAGCAAAUGCUAAGUCUGAUGAAACUUUAUGUCCUUCCCCCAUUGAGCCUGAGUCUUCCAAAAGCUUGUCAGAGAAAGGGAAGGAAUCUUCAAAUGAUUCUUCACAUGUAUCGGUUGUUGAGCCAAGCUACUACCAAUUGGACCCCAUGCAGUUUUUGAAUCGAGAAGUUAUCUUUGAUGAUGACAAACUCUCUAUUCCCUCUGAAAAUGAAGAUCAUGUGCCUCUGACAAUGAAUGAGACAAAUAACAACAAUUAUGACACUAAAAAUUUAAACUCAGAUGAAGAAGGAGGUAAGUCAAAAUGUACUGUUUGUGAGUCAACAUCUGGAAGUAGCCAUGACAGCAUAUCAGCCGAGAACUCCAACUAAUUUAUGAAUGCAACUGCUAACAUUGGUCCAGUAUUGAGAAUUUUAGUAUUUCUGAUGUGCAAUGUGAUUGAUUGAUACACUAUGUGCAGAUAGCUUAACAUUCCCAAGUUUUUCAGCCAUGAAAUGUGAUCUUACUCUGAAUGGAAUACAUUUGUACUUUUACAAUAUGUUGUCAGAUUGUUGAAUACAGCCAGCUAGAAGCUUAAGAAAGAAAAAGGAGAAACUAAAAGAUUAACCACAUGAUUACCACUUUGACAUUGCAAAACUUAUUCCUGUAUUACUUUAAACAUUCCUUUGUUUAUGUUAUUGUGUUUACAAAGACUGUAAUUCUUAAACGUUUAAGAAUUUGUUUGAUCAGAUAUAAGGCUGUUGGUGUUACUUUGUUGGAGCGAUUUUCAUUUUAAAGCGUACCUUAUAUAAAUACUAUUUUAGGUAAAUGAGAUUGGCACUGUUAUUGUGCUUCACAAUACAGUGUUCGAUGAUUAUAGUAACAAGGCUGGAUUUUGGUCAUACCAAAUUCCAUUUUUCAAUGUUGAUCUAUUAUUAGCGAAGUAACUGAGAUCCAGAGACUAAUUUCAACUAUAGGGUACUUUUGCUGUCAAAUCUAAGUAAAGCUUUGAGGAAGGGCAAUUGAAGUAGUCAUAACUGUUACCAUUGUUCUGUUCUUUUUUUUUUUUUUUUGUUUUGAAAAAAAAGAAAGAAACAUGUGCCUGCUCCAGUAGCAACUUUGUAGUCUAUAUAUUGAUGUGCUCAGUGAUAAUGUUUUGGAUCUAAAUUAUCAUUUAAGCCAAAUUGAAUGUGUUGCAUCCUGGAAUAUUUUUUGUAGUGCUCAGGUUUUUCUUGCGUGAUUUGUUUGUAAAUUGAAUUUUGGUUUCAUGCCCUGUAGGGUCGAGGGACAAGUACUCAUUUCUUCCCCUCCUGUUGUUUUUAAAAUUGUUUCUAUUGACAGUUUUGUAUCUUAGAACUUAAAAUUGUAAACAUAUAAAAAAAGAAAACAAAAAAAAAUCCACUUCUACUUUGUUUAUGUGUGGUUUUAUUCUGGUCUGAGAGUAAGGUUUCUUCUCUCUCUUUAUAAUAAUAAUAAUAAUGAUUGUCAGAGUGUAUACUCUUUCACGUAAUGCUGUAGCCUUCCCAAUAAUGUUUGAUGUGAGAUAUAUACAUUAUUUACAGGGUGUGUUUUUUUAGGCAAUUCAGUCUUCAGCAGUAUUUGAUGUACCAGAAAUUGAUAGUGUCCUCAAUGUUUUGUCCUGUAAGGCAUUUUCCUUCCUAUUGGUUGAAGAAAAACGCAUGCAUCUGCUGCCUUUGAGUGCCCAACAGUUAUUCCUACAGUCAGGCACUAUCACUUUCUUCUGGCUUAAGGGAUGCACACAUUAUUUGUCUGUGUCCUGCUUGGUUUUGGUCGAUCAAGGUUAUCUUAGUAUCAAAGUUUUUUUCACUAAUUGCACAAUUUUCUUUGUAAUUUCUGUGAUACUUAAGUAUGCCAAAAAAGUAUGCUAUCUAAAUUAAGAAUAUUUUGGCCACUGUAUAGUUAUUAUUGUCCUUCUUCCUACUUAUUAUAUUGAGCUGUGUUUCAUAUCAAUCUUGUCAAAAGUGUAUCUGCCAAAUCAGCACCCAUUUGCAAUGUUGUAUUUUUCUCAAUUUUUGAUAAUUAAUGUGCUCCUAUCAUGUGUUAGGUUUUUAUAUUAUGAUCUAUUUCAACUUUGAAAAGCAUGAUGAUUGCAUAUAAUAGUUUGAGGACUGACCUAAAGAACUGGAAUGCUUUGUGGGUGUUUUGCUUUAACAGAGUAAGAGGGGUACAAAGGAAACAUUGGGGUUGUUUUCAUGUUAUUGUUAAUUCUUAGAACCAAGCAAUUGUCUGAGGUAAUUUUGUGAUUCAUGUGUAAGUUUUCAUGGUAAUGCAAGGUAAUAUCACAUUUUGUUGUUUUCUAGUCUUAAUCCUAUCUUCGUUGCAUUAUGUUCAUUAGUGAAAAUGGUUUAGCUUGUUAUGCUUGCUUCAACAUUUGUAUUAAUUAUGAAUACAAUCCCUGCCUCAAAGAAUAACUUAUGGGAUUCUAUAAUAAUGUAUAACUUAGGAUGAAUACUAAAUCGUAUGCCUUGUCAAAAAUUUAUACAAUGUAGAAAUCAAAGUAACAAUGAAAGCUUAGUCAAUGUGUAUGUAGAGAGAGCUAAAUUCUUCAACUUCUGUUUUUUUUGGUUUUUUUUACAAAUUUUUGACAAUGCCUAGUUUUAAAACAUGAUACUUAUUUGGGAAUUUUGAAGGGGAAGCAACACACACACACACACAGCAUUUCUAACACAUUCCAUACGAUAACAAUCUAGCAGGAGUGUAAUCUUGCAGCUGUAUUCUUGUUCUGUGUUUGUGCCCCCCCUGCUCAAGAAGUUAAGUUCGAGUCGGUAACAGUAAAUUUCAUUCAAUUUCUAAUGAUUAGUUGUAUUUUCAUGGCUGUUCAAUUUAUUUAUUUUUAGUUUUGUAUUCAUGUUCUUUAGCUCUCUUAAGAACUGGAACUUGAAUGUUGUUUCCACUAGUACAAAGUAAUAUUUUUUUACACUAGUCAUGAGUUGUUCAUCACAUGGCAUGUGCUGCUUAAACAAAGAUAGAUAUUUGAAACAUUAUCAUUCUAUUUAGGUUUUAACAAUUAAAGGAAUGUUAGUUUUGUUGUUGAUUUUGUUUCAUUUUUUAUCUAUGGGAUCAGUACAUGUAAAUUGUAAAUUUUACCACAUAAUUCUUUGUGCAAAAGAAGAAAUGUGGAUUUUCAUAUUUUGGAGGACCCUCCUUUGCUCAAAGUUUUGAAUUUGAAUGUGUAUGUUCCAGGCCUAUUUUUAACAUUGUUAUUUCUCUCAUUAGCUUAAGAACAGUGCCAAAGUUUUCACAAAUUGACAGUAUUUUUGACUUAGUCUGUGAAUUUAUCUCCUUAACAUACGCUUGUAUUGAUAGGUAAAUUGAAGUUGGAUUGCUAUCACCCUCUGCUUUGCCAAUUUUAUGACUCCUGUAACUGGUGUUUUAGUUGUCAACCACUUUAUCAUAGUAAAAUAAACCUGAGAAAGGAAAAAAAAGUCAUUUUUUGCAAUGACACAAAAAAAAGAGGGGGAACGGAUAAUUAGCUUGUAAUGAAAAAAGUCCUUCUAUUGUUCUCUUUUUUAUGGUAGCAAAGAAAAUAGAUUGUAUGCAUUUGUGACUGCAUUGACAACUUUUUGUCAACAAAAAUGCAAUUGUUUGUACAGUUGAGUUUCUGUAGUUUAAACCAACAGCUUGGUCACCCUUAAUAUUAUGACAAUAAUGUCCUUGACACUUUUUGUAAUCAUAAUUCAUAUCAUUUUUUAUCAACUCAUGUAUUGGGUGAUUUCGUUAGACCGAAAUAAGAGGGACAGUGAAAGGGGUUUCGGAGUCUUUUCAAGCAUUUUUCACAUUGGGACCAAUAGUUGCAAAUACCCCACCUAUAAGAGUGUUAAAGUGUUAGGCCUGGUGGGUAGGCAGCCAGCCUUGAAGACCCAAUUUGAAAUAUACUUGUCUAGGGAUCCUUCAUUGACCCUCGCACUUUGGGCCAACUUACCGCAAUUCCCUGUAAAAGCAAUGCUGAGGCUUUUCUCUCCUAGUUCUUGUCCUUCAAGAACUUCUAUAUUUGUGUAACCUCUAAAUGUUUCUGUUUGCAUGUUCUCUCAAAAGUAUUAUUUUCACUGUAUGUUAAGCACAAAAAUUUACUAGAAAAUGGUUAUUUAAUGUGGUUGUGUGCAAGUGAGUUGUGAAAUUAGAUCUCUUAUUUACUGUGGUGCAUGAAGGUCAUCCUCUCUUGUUUCUGCACUUCCUCUUUUCUUCAAGUAUCAAAAUAUAUUAUGUGGCUUCCAAUUGAUGCUUGCUAAGUCUGUGCUCUGAGUUAAUUUAAUGACUGUUUUAUGAAACUGCUGUCUUGUUAAUGAAAGACUGCUCACUAAGUAUUUGUUGCCAUUUAAAAACAAAUCUUAUAGAGAGGUGAUCAUUUCCUUAAUUCCCCCCCCCCCCCCCAAGUUGUUGGUUCUUAAAAGAUUUUAAACUUUGUACCUCUAGUAAAAUGAGAGGAAAAAUUUAAAUAAUUGAACUGAUUCAUUAUUUUAUGACAUUUUUCUGUUGAGUGAUUGUUUUACGUAAUGGCUAUCUUUAUCCAUGAUGAUAUCCUAGUCUUUAAGGUUCUGGCCCUGGUUUGCAUCCAUUUCAAGAUAUAUUGGAAUCCUCUGUAAUAUCUAAUUUCUAAGAGUGUGUGUUCAUUAAAUGUUUUUUAGUCCACUGCAAAGUUUGCACAUACUGCUCAGCAAAAAUUUAGGUCAGUUUCUGAUUUCUACCUAUGCUUUUUGAGUGCUUUGUUUAUUCCUGUUUGGUAUCUUGUUAUAUCUGUGUCCUCCUAGACCAUUGUUUGCUUGGACAACAGUGGGACCCUGAAUGCGUGAGAUCUUAUUUUUCUCUUGCAAGCAGUGUACUAAAACUAUUUAGUCUUAUGAAUAUACAUUAAUGUAGUAUUCCUGACAUCUCAUUUACCUGAUGUCUGUUUUCUGUUAUCUUAGUCUGUUGUGUCGGAUGAUGCCACAGGAAGAUGUGUCCUAGAUGAUGAAACUUUUACCUUUCCUGUGUUUGGUAGGUGUAAGAAGCUUAAAGGGAAAAUGUUCCCUGACACGUUGUAGUUGUAUUUGUGCUGUAAUGAAAAGUACUGUGGAAGUGUUAGUAAUAACAAUUAGCAUUAAUCGUCUGAAACUCCCAGAAAAACCUUGACUUCACACAAUGAGAAUUACUUUAGAAGUUUAGUGGAAUGUUUCCGUAAGCAAGGCACAUUUUUUUUCCUUUCUUACUUUUGGUUGCAUUCAUGUAGCAUUUGUUAUUGUGAUGCUUCAGUUGAUAUUUUUUGUAGGAAUAUGAGACAUAGAUGCUCAACUGUAAACAUUAUUAUUAAUAUUAUUAUUUGCAUUACUUUUUUGUUUUCAUCUCUUGCUUUAGUUUAUAUUGUUGAAUGUUAAAGGAUUGAAGAACUAUAAAUUUAAAACACUUUACUUGGCAAUUUUUGGUUCUAGCUCAAUUCUAUCAAAUUGCAUAUUAGUUUCAUAAAGAUGUUUCUUGCGUUUGUUUUUAUUAUGUAUGUUUGUCUAAAGAUUAAAAGUUGUUUUUUCUUUGUACACAUGUUUGUUAACAUUUUGAUCAAACAUACCCCAUUGAGUCAGUAUUUCAAUGGGACUACUUGUUCUUCAGCUUCAUAGAUUCUCUGUUGGAUGGAUUGUUUUUUGUUUUGUUAGGAAAUUCAGUGUUCAAAAUGUCCCCUUCUCCUUUCUUUUUUCAUUGGCAAACACUGUUGUGUCCUUAAUUCUGUUACUCUUUUAUUUGUUAAACUUAUCUUGACUUUAUUCUCCAAUGGCAGUGUCUUUUAAUGCUUACAAGUUAAAUUAUGUAUUAAUAACGACUUAAAAAUAAAAUCUUUGAGAAAGUUA